UACACCUGUAGUGAAAUGCAACAAAUUAUUAUUAUUAUUAUUAUUAUUUUUGCAUUUCGUUGUGCAAUUCACGAAAUAGGUAUUUUUUUUUUUUUUUGCAAUUCGUGAAAGAAACUGUGUGUGCAUGCAAUUGACCUCAUUUUUUAGUGAAUUGCAUUUCGUUGUGCAAUUCACGAAAUAUGUUUUUUUUUUUCCGCAAUUCGUGAAACUAAUGAAUUUUUAUUUUUAUUUUUGCAUUUCGUGAAUCAAUGAACGAAAUAGACUUAUUUUUUUUCGUUGACCAAUAAGAAAUAGACUUUUUUUUUUGCAUUUCGUGAAAUUAAUGAAAGAAACUGUUUUUUUAUUUCGUUGACCAAUAAGAAAUAGACUUUUUUUUUUGCAUUUCUUGAAAUUAAUGAAAGAAACUGUUUUUUUUUUUGCUACAUGUGUAGCGAAAUGCAACAAUUUAUUCGGCACCGGAACAAUGUGUGUGUGGGUAUUUCGUUGGAUAAUGUGUGGGUAUUUCGUUGGUUAUCCAACGAAAUACCCAUUUUGGUCUAAAAAAAAAAAAAUAUUAUUUUGGGCUAAUGGCUGCAAAAAUCCGCCAUUUUGGCUCCGGACUCGAAAAAAUGGUUUUACUUCAAAUUCAGAAAAGUAAACCAAGUCAUAUUUUCUGGAUGCCUAGAGUCAAUGGUGCUUGCUUUGACAAAAGUUGUUAGAACUUGAUAUGAGAAGUCUACAAUAUAUUCUCCUGUCAAGUAGGAAAGCAGAGCAUAGACUGUCUUUUGUUGACGAGGUAGAAUAGUAGUGUUAAGGCCAAAAAAAAAAAAAAAAAAAAAAAAAAAAGAGAGAUUGAGCAGAACUUCCUCCAAAAAGAUGCAUUCAAAUCUCCACUCAACUGUUAUUCAGUUUAUCAUCAUUCUAUGCCUUCUUCAUAUGCCCAUAUAUCUCUGUCAAGAUGACGAGCAAUUCAGAAUGUGUGGUGAGCCAUUUGUUUGCGGCGACAUGAAGAUAAAUUACCCUUUCUGGGGAGGGAGCAGACCAGAGUACUGUGGUGGUCAUCCAAGUUUUGAGAUCAAGUGCGAAAGUGACAUCCCCAAUAUUGUUAUUGAAUCAACAACAUAUAAAGUGUUAGGGAUCAACAAUCCUAGUAGAAUACUUACUCUGGCAAGACAUGAUUUACUGAGUAGUAAUCUUUGUUGGGACAACCUUGAGAACGCCUCCCUGAAUUUUAAUCUUUUCAGCUAUGUCUCCGGUGACCAAAAUAUCACUCUGUAUUAUGGCUGCACCCUCCGCUCUGGUUCGCAAAUAGUACCGACUUUUCCAAAUGCGCUCAAAUGCAAUAGCAACGUAUUUGUUAUAUACACAAUGAUCGGCGUUCCCUUCGACUUAUCUACAGUGAGAUGUGAGAACGAAAUAAUAGUUACGGUCAAUCAAACGAGCACUGUGGCAUUAGCUAGUGGUCCAGCUUCGGAGGAAGCUCUGAAAACAGCUUUUUCUGGCGGUUUUUCAGUUAAUUGGACGGCAAGUAUUGACUCGCCGUGCCAACAGUGCGACAGGUCAGGUGGAAGAUGUGGAUCCAAACCGGAUUCCGCAGACUUUGUUUGUCAUUGUGCAACUGGUACUCAUCCAACCGACUGCUACGACGGAGGCGAUACAAGGAAAAGGUUUCGCAUUUCCAAGAAGCUUGCGAUAGUUGGCUCAGUUGGUAUCACAGGGAUGGUCCUAAUAUCAGUUUCAAUGAUCUAUUGCUUCAGAAGUCGAUGGUCAUGCUGUGAGCCACUGAUUUCCUGGAAGAUAGAAUCAGAAGAUCACAAAGUUGAAGAUUUUAUGAGGACCUAUGGAUCUCUUGCUCCAAAAAUAUACAAGUAUUCGGAUCUAAAGAAAAUAACAAACUCAUUUAGCCAUAAAAUAGGACAGGGUGGAUUUGGUCAAGUAUACAAAGGAAAGCUGCCCGAUGGUCGCGUAGUAGCUGUAAAGGUCCUGAAAGAAACUAAUGGUGACGGAGAAGAAUAUGUAAAUGAAGUAGCCAGCAUAAGUAGAACUUCCCAUGUUAACAUAGUAGGGCUUUUGGGAUUUUGUUACCAACGGAGUAAGAGAGCAUUAAUCUAUGAAUAUGUGUCCAAUAGUUCAUUGGAUAAAUUUCUCAACAAUGGACCAUCUGGCACAACUUGUUCCUUGGGAUGGACAACAUUGUACAGAAUCUCCAUUGGGAUUGCUCGAGGUUUGGAAUAUUUGCACCGAGGUUGUAACACAAGAAUAGUGCACUUCGACAUAAAACCUCAUAGCAUUCUCUUGGACCAGGAUUUCUGCCCCAAAAUAUCUGACUUUGGCCUCUCUAGAUUGUGCGAGAGAAAGGAGAGUACUCUAUCAAUGUUGGGUGCCAGGGGAACUGCUGGAUACAUUGCUCCAGAAGUGUUCUCUAGAGCGUUUGGACACGUCUCUCACAAAUCAGAUGUCUAUAGCUACGGCAUGCUGGUUCUUGAGAUGGUUGGAGUGAGAAAUAAUGUUGAAGUGAGCCAAACUAGUGAAGUAUACUUUCCACAUUGGAUCUAUGAACAUCUCGAGCUGGGGAAGGACCUAACUCUACAAGGUAUCAUGAACGAAGAAGACGAAGAAAUAGCAAGGAAGAUGAUUUUAGUUGGCUUGUGGUGCAUUCAGACCAAACCGUCAGAUCGACCAGCCAUUGGGAGGGCAGUCGAAAUGCUGGAGGGAAGUCUUCACUCUCUACAAGUUCCACCAAAACCUGUCUUGUUUUCUCCACCAAAAUCCAUCCUAGAGUCGUUUACAUCAACAUCCACAACGACCUAGGAAAGGAGGUUCAUUUCUUGAGCCGAAUAUCUCUUCCGUAAAAACAUUGAUGCAAGUUUGUUAUAUUUUACUCUUAUUCAAACUCAAGUGUUGGUCAAUUUAGUGGGAAUAUUAUCCCAAGGUUGAUCACCACUGAUAAAGUUUUGGAGCCAUUAGGCUCGCUUAAUGCAAGUGGUCAAAGAUAAUUGAGAACAGAGGUGGGAUAUCUGGUUCCCUAAAUAACAAAACUGCUUGAUAAUGUGUUGAUAAAA